GGAGGCGGCCCGCAGGCAGUCGGGCGCGGCGGUCGUGAGCGGGCGAAGCGGGCGCGACCUGGAGGCCGCUGCGGGCUACGGCGCGCCGGGCCGGCCGAGGAAUCUUCAUUCUUAGCUGGUGAAGAAUGGGAGAGAUAGAAGGAACAUACAGAGUCCUGCAGACUCCAGGGACACGCUUGGGCACCCAGACCCCAGCAGGGGUGAGCACCCUCGAGCCUGGGCAGACUCUCUCGGCAACAGUGGCACGGGCGUCAGCCAGAAUGCAGGAGAAGCAUCUUCACAUCCGAGUGAAGCUGCUGGACAACACUAUGGAAAUAUUUGACAUUGAGCCUAAGCGCGAUGGCCAGACGUUGCUGACCCAGGUGUGGAGGCGCUUGAACCUGACGGAGUGUGACUACUUUGGGCUGGAGUUUCAGCAUCCCCGGUCCUACUGGAUUUGGCUGGAACCUAUGAAGCCCAUCAUUAGGCAAGUACGAAGGCCAAAAAACGCUUUGCUUCGUCUAGCAGUGAAAUUUUUCCCACCUGAUCCGGGUCAGUUGCAGGAAGAAUAUACAAGAUACCUGUUUGCCUUGCAACUUAAGAGAGACCUCCUGGAGGAGCGUCUGCCCUGCACGGAUACCACGGCCGCCCUUCUGGCAUCCCACCUUCUGCAGUCGGAAAUAGGAGAUUAUGAUGAAACCCUGGACCGAGAGCACCUCAAAGCCAAUGAGUACCUGCCCAGUCAGGAGCAUUCUCUUGAAAAGAUUCUAGAAUUCCACCAGAAGCACACGGGCCAGACGCCUGCCGAGUCGGAUUUCCAGGUGCUUGAAAUUGCCCGAAAGUUGGAAAUGUAUGGCCUCAGAUUUCACAGAGCUUCUGACAGGGAGGGUGCCAGAAUUAACCUGGCUGUCUCCCACAUGGGCGUCCUUGUGUUCCAGGGCACCACCAAAAUUAACACUUUCAACUGGUCCAGGGUCCGAAAACUCAGCUUCAAGAGGAAAAGGUUUCUCAUCAAACUGCACCCAGAGGUCCAUGGACCUUACCAGGAUACGCUGGAGUUCUUGUUGGGCAGUAGAGAUGAAUGCAAGAACUUCUGGAAGAUCUGUGUGGAGUAUCACACCUUCUUUAGACUCUUUGAUCAACCUAAGGCCAAAGCUAAAGCCAUCUUCUUCAGCAGGGGCUCGUCCUUCAGAUACAGUGGAAGAACUCAGAAACAGCUGGUGGAUUAUGUCAGAGACAGUGGGGUGAAGAGAGUUCCGUAUGAAAGAAGACACAGCAAGACUCGGAUGUCUAUUCGUGCUCUGACUGCAGACUUGCCAAGGCAGAGCAUCUCAUUCACCGAGGGCAUGAGGACUUCUGCGUCCCCAUCUUCAACAAAUGUCUCCUUCUAUUCAGUUCCUACCUCCCCUCUGGCCCCGCGAGGCCCGCCCGAUUUCAAAGACAGCAGUAACUCCCUCACCGAGCCCCAGGCUCCCGACGCCAGGAGGCCAGCUGCAGAGAGGAGCAGCGGAGUGGCAGCCGACAGUGACACCCGACGGGCCCAGUCCCCGGGGCCUCCUGCGCUGCAGCCUUGUCAAGGCCUUUCCAUGGAGAGUCCUCAGCCUUCUCCCUCCACCCGGAAGAGCCCACUGAGCCUGAGCCCUGCGUCUCAGGUGACUCUGGGCCCAGCUGGGCAGGGCUUGUGCCCCCUCCUGAGCCCUGCCCUUAGCGACGCUGGCGGAGCCAGGACGGACAGCGAGGAGGAGCUGAAGCACAAGAGCACGGCAGCAGAUGAGGCCUAUUUCAUAGCGAAGGAGAUUCUCGCUACAGAACGAACAUACCUGAAGGAUUUAGAAGUUCUCACUGUGUGGUUCCGCAGUGCUGUGGUCAAGGAGGAUGCCAUGCCUGCAGACCUGAUGACCCUGCUCUUCUCCAACAUAGACCCCAUCUAUGAGUUCCACAGAGGCUUCCUGCGUGAGGUGGAGCAGAGGCUGACGCUCUGGGAAGGGUCUUCCAGCACCCGUGCCACAGGUGGUCAUCAACGAAUUGGGGACAUCCUGCUCAGGAACAUGCAUCAGUUAAAGGGGUUUACCAGCUACUUCCAAAGGCAUGAUGAAGUCCUGACAGAACUGGAAAAGGCCACCAAACGCUUUAAGAAGCUAGAGACAGUGUACAAAGAGUUUGAGCUCCAGAAGGUCUGCUACUUGCCCCUUAACUCCUUCCUGCUGAAGCCCAUCCAGCGGCUGGUGCACUACCGCCUGCUCCUGAGCCGGCUGUGUGGGCACUACGCGCCUGCGCACCCUGACUACGCCGACUGCUGCGAUGCCCUCCAGGCCAUCACAGAGGUGACCUCCACACUCCAGCACAGCCUCGCCCGGCUGGAAAACCUCCAGAAACUCACAGAGCUGCAGCGCGACUUGGUUGGCGUAGAGAAUCUCAUCGCUCCCGGCAGGGAGUUUAUCCGCGAGGGCUGCCUUCACAAGCUCACCAAGAAGGGCCUGCAGCAGAGGAUGUUCUUUCUGUUCUCAGAUAUGCUGCUGUACACAAGCAAAGGUGUCACGGGCACCAGCCACUUCCGGAUCCGGGGCCUCCUUCCCCUCCGCGGCAUGCUGGUUGAAGAAGGUGAGGCUGAACGGUCUGUUCCACACUGUUUCACCAUUUGUGCAGUGCAGAAAACGGUCGUAGUGGCAGCCAGCACUCGCCUGGAAAAGGACAAGUGGCUGUGUGACCUGAACACCGCCAUCGACGCGGCCAAGAGCGGGAGUGACCAAUCCCUGGCGCUGCCGGGCGGCGUGGUGUGCGCUCCUCCCUACAGAUCCUCUGAGGAGGUCGCUCUGGAGCAGGAGUCCGAAGAUGCUCGUGGCUGCCACGGCACCCUGGAGGGGCAGGGCCAGCACCGGGCCAACACCACAGUGCACGUGUGCUGGUACCGGAACACCAGCGUCUCCAGAGCCGACCACAGCGCAGCUGUCGAGAAUCAGCUUUCAGGGUAUCUGCUGAGAAAAUUCAAGAACAGUAAUGGCUGGCAGAAGCUCUGGGUGGUCUUUACCAAUUUCUGUUUGUUCUUCUACAAAACUCAUCAGGACGACUACCCCCUGGCCAGCCUCCCGCUGCUGGGCUACAGCGUGAGUGUCCCCAAGGAGGCUGACGGUGUCCACAAGCAGCACGUCUUCAAGCUCCAGUUCAAGUCCCACGUCUACUUCUUCCGAGCUGAGAGCAAGUACACGUUUGGGAGGUGGAUGGAGGUGAUCGAGAGAGCCGGCAGCUCACCUGGGAGGGCCAGGUGUCCCGAGGAAGAGGCAUGA